AUUUUGACCUGAUCAAAGUUCUGUUCAUCAUUUCGAAUGACCCAAGCUUGCCUUGCCCCGAUCACUCAGGCUCCCGUUACGGAACAUGCGUCCCAACUGAUCUUUCUUCAUUUCUUCCACCGUUGUCAUUGCAGCAGUCGAAAGUCCCGUCUGUAGGCUUCACUCUCGAAUGCAAUCCCUAGUGUCGACGACGACCACCCUAGCGCCUCCGACUUCUCCACCUCGACCGCUUUCUGCAGCUGGUAGAGUCUCUACAGGCGAUGGAAAGCGACAGCCCAGGCUCAAAGAAAGCUCUUUCACGAUUAAAUUUGGUUCAAGAUACCAUUCGUUCGACAACGAGAAAGCACCGUAUCCAUUGUGUUACGACCGGCAUGUAUUGGAACUAGAAUCGCUUGAUAACCGUUUUGUGAAGCACCUGAGGGGUGGCUCAGGUACGGGAACGUGGGUCCUUGACGCGGCAAAGGAGUGGCCAAAAUGCGAAUUCGUUGGAUUUGACCUUGUCAACAUCCAAAUACCACUCAAAUUACUGGAUCCAUCAAUAGCCGAACGAAUAGCCUGGGUUCACGGUAACUUUUUAACGACUAAACUUCCUUUCGAUGAUGACGAAUUCGACCAUGUACACAUACAAUCUAUUGCACGAGGCGUCCCCGAAAACAAGUGGGACGUGUUAUUUGAUGAAAUUAACCGUAUUUUACGACCUGGAGGCUGUGUUGAAAUCCUUGAAGAUGACCUUGUAUUCCCAUACCUUCCACGAUGGUUUACCGCUCCGCUCCGCGCUCGGCCAAGGCGAUCAACCUCCGUUCAUUUUCCUGAUGAUACCCCCAUUCAAGACAUGCCAUCUCAUGAUCACGCUCUCCUCGAGUCACUGUACAAAUCUGUGUUUGAACAUCGAUUCAUAAACAUGAAGCCAUCAGCUCUCCUUCCAAGCUACUUUGCAACGUAUUUCAGACACGUUACAUUGGGCCCUGUCAUCAGUUUCCCCAUGCCACCAGUUCCACCUCUCCAGCCUCUUCCUCCGCAAAUAGUAACGACAUAUGCCAUUGAACCAGGCUCGGAUACCUUGGAUCCAAGGGUCUCAAGCCCUACACCAACACCGAGUGUCCGACCAGCUUCUCUGAGCUUCUCUUCCACUAUUUCAUCUGGUACAGGCAUAACGUCAUCAACUCCCGACUCCUCAACUACGGUUUCCACGCUAUUCAGCAUGAACGCUGAACCCAAGGUGGAAGUAGCUUUUCCGUCAGACACCUCGCGCCCAGCACCCUCUAUCACGACGUUGAAUCUCAAUCCUACUGAGAACCACACACCUCCACCUCCGUUUGUCCCUUACAUGCUAGACACUUCAUCGACAGAAACAACAACUGUAGCUUCGAUACCACCUUCACUGUUUUCUGAGGAACGAUUAUUAUCUCUCAAUGUGCGGUCACUUGCAAUGCACUUAUACCGUUCUUAUCAGUCAGUCUUGGCGUGCCGCGAAGCUCUUUGGGAGGAGCUGAACGAUCGAUUAAGGAAUAGAAAGGAUGAACUGAAGCCUUUUGGUUGGGAGGAUGACGAAGACUGGGAGGGACUGCAGACGAGGCGGAAAUUUGAAAUCCUCAUCGAAAGAUAUGAAAGUGAUAUGCAAGCACGAAUAUCGCUCUGGUGUUCGCUCAACAACAUCGGAUGGCCAUUCCCACCACGGGAGCCCUUGAACGAAUGCGGGAAUGCCAUGCUCGAAGCGCGAAAACACGCACCCGCUGAGGAUCUGCAAAUACCUUGUCGAACCAUGAGGGUCCUCAUUGGAUAUAAACUAUGACAAUGCUUACUUCGGAUUAACUACUUAUGCAUGCACUUUCUGGACACUAUAGAUUAGCGAUGGUUGGCUUAUUCUUGUAUUCUAUUCCUUCUGUACUGGUAGUCUGUACUACAUAACUCGAUACCCUUGAUCGACUGGGCGUAAGUAGGAUGACUGACAUCAUCUCAUAGCCUUGCCU